CUGACCGAUAGUGUUUUAUUAUAACUCUUCUUAAGCGCAGACACUUGGUCUAAUGAAGUAAAUAAUGACUUAAUAUUGAGUCAGUGGCAGACGCAGGACAGAUGGAAAGCCUGCAGACAUCUCCAGUUUCUUCUUAGCGUACUGAAUGCCAAUGUGAAGUCAAGGCAAGAAAAUAACAUUUACAAAUAUUGAUGAUAGUUUAUGGACGCUUCUGAAAAUAUGCCACAAUUUGGAUGAAAAGAUACUGGGGUUACAGUCACAGAAUGGAGAGGCAAAAUAGUUGUUUUUCUGAAAAGUGCCUGCACUGUGGGGUAAAUUGAACAUUGACUUUCUGACAGUCGGUGGACUUUGAUUUGACCCGGGUGUACAGGAGUACAGUAACGCCUCUCUGUGGAUGUCAUAAAUAAAAGCCAGCCAGAGAAUAUAUAAAUGCAGAGCAAAAGAUGCUUCUCUCCUUCAUGUGAAGUGGGGCCCUUUAUGGAUUAUAACCUGGCCUAUCAAAUACUGCCCGGCAACAAACAACCAAGGAUCAAAAGGAACCUUACAUUUUAGACAAUAGAGUCCAACGCUGACUUGCUUCUGCACGUGUGUCUCUGUGUGCGUACCUGUCACCGGCAGCAGGAAACAUGGUAGGACUCAAACCCUCAGAUGUUCCCCCUCCACUGGGGGUGAAGAUGGCGAGUGCUGGAGCAGCAGCCUGUAUAGCUGACAUUGUCACAUUUCCUCUGGACACGGCCAAAGUCAGACUACAGAUUCAGGGCGAGAAGAAAGCAGUGGAAGGCAUCCGGUACAGAGGGGUGUUUGGGACAAUCAGCACCAUGAUCCGAACAGAGGGGCCCAAGUCUCUGUACAACGGGCUGGUAGCCGGUCUGCAGAGACAAGUGUGCUUCGCUUCCAUCAGAAUCGGCCUCUAUGACAAUGUCAAAAAUUUCUACACAGGUGGAAAAGACAACCCGGGCGUGCUGGUGCGUAUCCUGGCCGGCUGCACCACGGGUGCCAUGGCAGUGUCCUUUGCGCAGCCCACCGACGUGGUCAAGGUUCGCUUCCAAGCCCAGGUGAACCUGGACGGCGUGGCUCGUCGCUACAGUGGCACCAUGCAGGCCUACAAACACAUCUUCCAGAAUGAGGGCUUACGUGGACUCUGGAAAGGCACCCUACCCAACAUCACAAGAAACGCACUGGUCAACUGCACAGAGCUGGUUACGUACGACCUGAUCAAGGAGGCCAUUCUUAAACAUAACCUGUUGUCAGACAACCUGCCGUGCCACUUUGUGUCCGCGUUCGGCGCCGGCUUCGUCACCACGGUGAUUGCCUCCCCGGUGGACGUGGUGAAGACCAGGUACAUGAACUCACCCCCGGGCCAGUACAGGAGCGCCGUCAACUGUGCCUGGACCAUGCUGACCAAAGAGGGCCCGACCGCGUUCUACAAAGGAUUUGUGCCCUCAUUUCUGAGGUUGGGAUCGUGGAAUGUCGUGAUGUUCGUGUCGUUCGAGCAAAUCAAGAGGGCCAUGAUGGUCACCAAGAAGCGGAUCGAGGCCCCGAAUUGAGUUUAGUGCUUCAAAGUUUGACUGAAAAAAAAACACCACUGGAUGAAGAAACCUAAUGUGUACCAAUUCGGGUUUUUUUUUGUUUGUUUUUUUUAGCUUUAUUCAACAAUCUUCUUGUCCUGUGGUGACAAAGAGGACAACCCUUUUUUUAAAAAAAAGAGGAGUACUGGACAGUCUACCUUGUGUUUGACUUCAUGUUCAACUCCUGUAUCAAGAAGACACACACCGCUCCUUUCAUAUUUAUAAAUUUGUCAUAAUGAGCCCAUUCCAAAUAGUUUGGGAGUGAAUGAUAUGAACACAAGCUUGUGAUAACCUCCUCUGGGAAGUGGGGUUUGCACUUUAAGACCUGUGACUCUAAAUCUGCCAGUCAUACAUUUCAGGCAGCUUUAACCAGUGCAGGUUUUUAUAUUAAAAAAAAAAAAACAAUACCGGUGCCACAAUAAAAUGUAAAACAUGAUUAUGUAAAGCUUAAAAUAUAUUUGACCUGUUUUACACACACUGUGCUUGCUUCUUUCACUUGCCCCUACAACACAUGGACACAAAACACAUUUCAAAACAUCUAACUGUAUUUAUUAACUCAGGGCAAGUUGUGUAAAUCAUUACAGAACUUCCUCA